AUGUCGUCAACCCAGCUGUUUCUCGGACUCAGUCUCUUCUUCGCGAAGCUACCGACCUCGCUGGAGACCCUAGAGAGCACCGUCAACGUCGGGAGGAGAGAAGGCAAGAGAUCAACAUGGACAUUUCGGCCAGCCAUUAACAGUGGCGCAACAUACCCAGAACGAGUACCCAGCAGUUCGACCAAGACCCGAGAAAUACCGUUCAUGCUCAGCUGCAGCUAUGGAGAAGGGAGGUCGUUCUACCAUCCUCAUCCAGAAGGCAAACUUGAGACCGGCAUUCAGCCUACCAAGGACAACUUACAGAGCUAG